AUUGCUGUGGGUCUAGAGUCACAUGUAGACCAGAGAAGACCAGGUGAAACAAGAGCGAUUUCUGGGACUAUGCUGAUAUCCCAGGAUGGACGCAACCAUGGAAUUGGAUAAUUAUGAAACCGUUCUGGAGACCACGGAUGGCUCUGCUUUGAACGAGGGCUGGUACGUGUCAUACCCGAUGAGCUUCCAGGUUUCGCUGACCAGUUUCCUCAUGUUGGAGAUUGUCCUGGGCUUCAGCAGUAACCUCACUGUUCUCAUUCUGUACUGCAUCCAGUCAAACCUGGUGGAUUCUGUCAGCAAUAUCGUUACCAUGAACCUCCACAUACUGGACAUUAUCAUCUGCCUGGUGUGUGUCCCAUUCACCAUUGUCAUUGUUCUCAUUCCUCUGGAGAGAAAUGUGGCUCUGAUCUGUUGCUUCCAUGAAGCCUGUGUCACCUUUACCAGUAUCGCCACCGCGGUCAACGUCCUGGUCAUCAGCCUGGACAGAUACGACAUUUCUGUCAAACCAGCCAAUCGUGUCCUGACACCCAGUCGGACAAUCCUCCUGUUGACCUCAGUCUGGAUCGUGUCACUGAUGGUGUUUUUUGUCCCUUUCAUUGAGGUGGAAUUUUUCAGGGACCCACUGCAUAGCACGGCCUGGCAAAACCGGACACUGCUCUGCGUCAGUGCCAAUGAGUACCACAAGGAGCUGGGCAUGUAUUACCACCUCUUCAUCCAGAUCCCCUGCUUCUUUGUGGCCAUCGUUGUGAUGUUGGUCACCUACACCAGGAUUCUCCAGGCCCUCAACAUCCGCAUUGGAUCCCACUUCACCCGCAGUCAAAAACACAAACGCAAAAGCAAGAAGAGGAAGACAAAGUCAGGAAGCUCCCUCAGCAGCCAGUACGAGACCAAGAGGCUGACUUCAGCUCCAGUCACUCCCAACCCCGUGCCGCUGGGUGUCCAGGCUUCUGUGUCAGUCAUUAUCGCCCUGCGCCGCGCUGUGAAACGCCAUCGUGACCGGCGCGAGCGGCAGAAACGAGUCUUCAGGAUGUCUCUGAUCAUCAUCUCCACCUUCCUUGUCUGCUGGGCCCCCAUUUCCAUUGUGAACCUUCUCAUUCUCUGCCUGGGGCCCAGUGAUUGGCUGGUGAGGCUCCGGAUCUGCUUCCUAGUCAUGGCCUAUGGCUCCACGAUCUUCCACCCGCUCCUCUAUGCCUUCACCAGGCAGAAACUCCGGAAAGUUCUCAAGAACAAGAUGAAGAAGCGGGUGGUGUCAGUUCUGCAGGUAGACCCCGCCCCAAGUGGGACAAUCAUACACAACUCCUGGGUCCAUCCCAGAAAGACACGCAAACACAAGCUGGACUGCAGUGAUGCCACUGACCGCUGCCUAACAGAAGCAGCCAAAGAUUGACUCGAUAUCACCCAUCAUUUUGUAACAGACUUAGACUGUUCAGAAAAAGAACGUGCCAGACCAACUGUAAAAAGUAGAGGUGCAAUAAUUGUUUAACAACUUGUUCAAUUGUCCAAAAAAAUACAACAUAGAACUGACCCACGGAAAGUGAAUGAAUUCCACACUGGGUAUGGAGCAGUUUUAAUGUCUUUUUGGACCAGUUGGUGACAUGGCCUGUGAAUAUGAUAAACAUUUUAAGACUAUUGCUUUUGGAAACAAAUCCCAUAUACAAAUACUGUGAGGCAAAUCUGCCAGGGACAAGAUCCCCAACACCUGACCCUAACUCAAACGACAUCACUCUCUCAGGGGCAGGAGGUUUCGAGGGCAUUUGAGGAAAACUGUUCUCCCCAGGAGGUGGGGGGUCUGGAAUGUGUUGCCUGGGAGGAGAAUCUCACAACUUUUAAAACGUACUUGGAUGAGCAUUUGAAAUGUCACAAAAUGUAAGGUUAUGGGCCUAGUGCUGGGAAGUGGGACUAGGGU